AUGGGCAUGAUGGAGAACUUGCCAACUACCAUACCCCCUUUACUCCCCCGAAACAUGGUAACUUCUAUGUUUAUUUAUGCCGACAAAACCCUCUUCAACUUUGCAGAAAAAUACAAGCUACUUCAAACAAUUCGCUAUGUUGUCAUCACUUCUUUUCUCUUCUGUCUACGCUUGCUUCCUCCUAUUUUCCCUUGUAAUUCACACAUGUUUAAGCCCCAGAAAAAAGAUGGCUGCGUCACUGCUUGUGGGGUUGGCGACUUGGGAAUCGCUCGUGCGCUUUCACAGAUACUAUCUAUUGUUAAUGAUAUUCCUGUUAGCUCAAGAAAGUAUGAAAUCGUUCGAUCUUUAGCGGAAAGACUUAUAGAAGAGAACCAUAUGGAAGGCAUCGAAACUUUACGUGAAGUCAACCGUACAGUUUUGUCAGCGGCCUUUUCGAGGACUCUUAGCCAGCUGAAGCUACAAUGGUGGAAUUGA